AUGGUUCUCCUCAAGUCCGUACAUCCGGACCUGGAAUAUCCAACGACUAUAACCACAUGGGAGUGGCUGUUUGAGAACACACGCUGGUCGCCGUUGUACAAUCGUCCCAGGUCGCAGCCACUAGGGGCCUAUGUCAAUGCAAUCACGCGAGAGCAACUCGACUGGCAGCAAGUGAAAGACAAAGCCACACAGCUAAGCACCGUCCUCGUCCACAAAUAUGGCCUUAAGCCCGGAGAUACGGUCUCACUCUUCAGCACCAACACAAUAUGGUACCCAGUGGCCAUGUGGUCGGUUAUCCGUGUUGGAGGGCGUGUCAAUGGCGCAUCGCCCGCCUAUACGGCGGAGGAGAUGACACAUGCUCUCAAAACGGCCAAGUCGACCAUCCUCAUGACUCUUCCCAAUGCUCUUCCUGUGGCGAUGACAGCCGCGGACAACGCUGGAAUCCCCCGUGAACGCAUAUUUCUCCUGGAAGGGUCGGCGCCUGGUUUCCAGACCAUCCAGGAGCUCAUGAAGCAGGCCAGCUCCUUGUCUGCACCCAUUCCGUAUCGAAUCCCACCCCAUACCGACAACCGCAAGGUCUGUGGUUACCUGAACUUCAGUUCUGGAACGACAGGUCUCCCCAAAGCUGUCAUGCUCUCGCAUCACAACAUAAUAGCGCAAUGCCUACAGCUUCAACAACUCCAGGUCAUUCCUCCGAGCGGCUACUCCAUCCUCGCCGUCAUGCCACUGUUCCACAUCACCGGGCUCGUGCGCUUCUGCACCUACCCGCUCCUCCUGAAUGGCAAAUCAAUCAUGCUCCCCUCCUACACCCUCCCAUCCAUGUGCCAGGCCAUUGUCGACUUCCAGGUCGCAGAGCUGAUCCUCGUGCCGCCCAUCCUGAUCCGCCUGGUCCGCGACCCAGUGGCAGCCCAGUACGACCUGAGAUGCGUGCAGCGCUGGAGCAGCGGCUCGGCGCCCACCAGCCCGGAGAUCAUCAAGGAGCUGCAACGCAAAUUUCCCUGGACCGGAUUCCGGCAGGGUUACGGCGCAACCGAAAGCACUGCCUGCAUCACUUGCCACCCGCCGAGCCAUUUUGACUACAAGUAUGCAACGACGGGGGGCAUGUUGGUGGCAAACACGGUGGCCAAGGUCUUGGACCUAGACACGGGCAAAGAACUCGGGAUCGGCGAGACGGGCGAGAUCUGCGCACGCGGCCCACAGAUCGCGAUGGGAUAUCUGGGCAAUGACGCUGCAACCAAGGAAACAUUCGACCAAGACGGAUUCUUGCACACGGGGGAUGUAGGCCACUUUGACGCCGAAGGCCUCGUGCACAUUGAGGACCGAAUUAAGGAGAUGAUCAAGGUCAAGGGGCUGCAAGUGCCGCCAGCGGAGUUGGAAGAUCUCCUUCUUGGUCACUCCGAGGUCGAGGACUGUGCGGUACUCGGUAUCAAGGACGAAUACGCUGGCGAAAAGCCGAAGGCGUUUGUUGUCCUGAAGAAAGGAAUCGCAGCAGACAUCGCCGAAGGUCAAAAGCUGUUGAAGUACGUCAAGGACAAUAAGGUGAGAUACAAGUGGUUGGCCGAGGUGGAGUUUGUGAAUGAGGUGCCCAAGAGCCCAACGGGAAAGUUGUUGCGCCGAGUGCUCAAGGUCAAGGAGCAGAAGGGCGAGGGGCGGGGUCUGAAAGUGAGGGAAGAGAAAUCGAAGCUGUAG